AGCAGGUUUUCUUCAGCAACUUUGCCUCAGUAUGUACUUUUUAAAAAUAAUCAUCUUGUUUGUGAUACAAAGCCGCAUAAAUUUGCCUAUAUUUAUUAUUGUUGGGUGUGAGGCUACUUUUAAGUUUGAGGAUGAGCCAUCUGAUAAAAGUGUAAAGAUUGGCAAAGAUCAUUCAUUAUCUUGUCUUGUUAGUGGUAUUAUCAAUGAGAAGCUUACUUGGUUUAAGGAUGGUACUGAAAUAGGUUUAACAGAGUCUACGGACAACAGAAUAUCGAUAGCAAAUAACGAAAUAGGUUUGUACGGAAAUUUCACCACAUUGGUUAUAGACAAUGUAAUAGCAAGUGAUGCCGGAUUGUAUCAAUGCGUUGCCAUAUCACCGACAACAGGAUCAGUUGUAUAUAGUUCAUCAGGGGCUCUUUUAACAAUCCUUACAUUGCCAUCACCAGAAUAUCCUAUUUGUUUUGAGCCUGAUAGUGAUAUCAUUGCAGGAUUGACAGUAAAAUUAACAUGUGUAUCGGAAAAAGUUCAUCCACCAGUUACUUUAAAAUUUACUCGCAACUCACAACUUGUAAACACGAGAAUAUCAUUAACAGGUAAGGGUAACCUAGUAACACUUGAACUUACAAUGACAACGACAAAAAAUGACAAUGGUGAUAUUUACGAAUGUCAUCAAAAUUCUUCGCUGGAUUCAAAUUAUCAAAAGUCAUGUAUGAUUAAACCUUUGAACAUACAAUACAAGCCUGAGAUAAAGAUACAGCAUACUAAUCCCGUUUUACCUGGGCGAGAGACGAUUCUCUUUUGUCAAACAUUUGCUAACCCUCCUGUUAUACAUUAUCAAUGGAAAUCAGUGCCUCAAUUAAAAGUGGAAGACAUAAGCAUUGACGGAACCGGACAAGUUUUAAAGCUCUUGCGACCUUCAUUGACACAUAGUGGAACAAAUAUAACAUGCAUUGCUACUAAUGAAAUUGGACAAGUAUCAUCGUCUAUAGAAUUACACGUUUCUCAAACAGUAAGAAAUGCAGAAAAUAGUAAUAAUCCACACGAAUCAACAAGUAAUCAAAUGACAGAAAUGUCAAGUAAAGAAAUUCGUUUAUCAUUAGAUGUUGUGAUUAUCAUCGCUGCCGGUGUUGUUAUUAUUGUAGUACUUGUUGUUCUGGUUCCCGUCUACCAUUAUUGUUUGUGUCGUAACAAUAAUACAACCACAUUUGAUUCUUCAGGAAAAGAAGUGACACAACCUGAAGUGUAUUAUGAAGCUAGGGAAGGAGUUAUUUUAAGACAUACGAUACAAGAUCGUUCAUUGCCUCGUGUACCUACUACAGCAGUGUAUGGUCAUUGGCGACAUUCGACAGCUUCACAAGUUCCCAAUGAUCUUGAGUCACAUAGUUACACGUACAUUGAUAGAGAGAACGAUUGAUGUUUUUCUGAUCAUGGUGUUCCAUCUGGUGGCAAAAUUAGGCUUGGUGAGGAUUAUGCAUUAUCCUGUGUUGUUAGUGGCAUGGUAAACGAGGAACUGACUUGGUUUAAAGAUGAUACUCAAAUACAUUUAACAGAAGAUAUGGAAGAC